AUGCCCGGAGGCUCGGCAGGGAUCCGGCUGGGUCUGCAGGGAUCCGGCUGGGUCUGCAGGGAUCCGGCUGGGUCUGCAGGAGGAAGAACUGCUGCUGCUCCGGCCGUCAGGGCCCCUCUGCUGCUCAGGACGCCCACCUGCGGCCCGCUGCCUCCUGUUGGCCCAUCCUGCGAGGUCCAUCCGGUCCACUGGAGGACCAGAACCUUGUUGGAGAAACGUUUAAACCUGAAUCUGGAGAACCUGGGGAACCUGGAGAACCUGGGAAACCUGGAGAACCUGGGAAACCUGGAGAACCUGGGAAACCUGGAGAACCUGGGAACCUGGAGAACCUGGGGAACCUGGAGAACCUGGGAAACCUGGAGAACCUGGGAACCUGGAGAACCUGGGGAACCUGGAGAACCUGGGAAACCUGGAGAACCUGGGAACCUGGAGAACCUGGGGCACCUCGAGAACCUGGGAAACCUGGAGAACCUGGGAAACCUGGAGAACCUGGAGAACCUGGGAAACCUGGAGAACCUGGGAAACCUGGAGAACCUGGGAACCUGGAGAACCUGGGAAACCUGGAGAACCUGGGAACCUGGAGAACCUGGGAAACCUGGGGAACCUGGAGAACCUGGGAAACCUGGAGAACCUGGGAAACCUGGAGAACAUGGGAAACCUGGAGAACCUGGGAAACCUGGAGAACCUGGGAAACCUGGAGAACCUGGGGAACCUGGAGAAUUGUCCCAAACCGAGGGAACCCAAGGAAGAAAUCACUUCCCGUUUCACCCUGAAUGGAAAUGGUUUUAUUACGUUAAGAAAUCAACACACUUAAGAAACGGAUCUAUGUACACUGGUUCUACUGCAGAUUAAAAAACGGACC